AUGGCCGCGCUCGUCGGCGACGCCGCCUACUGGCUGGCGGAGCACCCGGACAUCGUGGGCUUCCGCUGGAGCCCCUCGGGCCUCUGGUUCUCCACCUGGGCCUUCCUCCUCGGCUUCCUGGCCACCUACGUGUCCCUCUGCCUCGCCGCCGACGCGCUCCUCCGCCGCCGGAAGCAGCCGCUCCCCCUGGGGCCCCUCCCGGCCGCGCACGCGCUCCUCAUGGCCGCCGUCUCGGCCGCCAUCUUCGCCGGCACGCUGCUGUCGGCGGUGGCGGAGAUACGGGACACGCGGUGGUCGUGGCGGGGCCGGAGCCGGACCACGCCGCUCCGCUGGCUCCUAUGCUUCCCGCCGGGGACCCGCUCGUCGGGCCGCGUCUUCUUCUGGUCCUACGCCUACUACCUCUCCCGGUACCUCCACGCGGCGCGCGGCGUGUUCGCGGUGCUCAGGCGCCGGCGCGGGGCGGCCGCCCGGGCGUUGGCGCACGCGGCCUCCGUCGCCAUGGCGUUCCUGUGGCUCGAGUUCUCGCAGUCGUUCCAGGUGCUGGCCAUCCUCGCGUCCACGCUCGCCCACGCCGUCGCCUUCGGGUUCCGCUUCUGGGUCGACAGCGCGGGGCUCCCGGCGGCGCGCGCCGCGCGGAGCGGGUCGCUGGCCUGCCAGCUCGGGCUGCUGGGGUGCAACCUGGUGUGCCACGCGGGGGUGGUGUGGAUGCACUUCGGCGGGGCGAUGGCCGGCGGGUGCAGCGGCAUCGGGGCGUGGGUGGUCAACACGCUGCUCAACGCCGCCCUGCUCUGGGUGUUCCUGCACUGCUACGGCACGCGCGGCGUCUGCGACGACGACGGCGUAACCGCCGCCGCCGCCACCGCCACGGUGAGCCUGAAGAAGAAGAAGAAGAAGGGGAUGUGA